AUGCCCUCCAUGACAGACAUUGCACACCAGUUCGACUCCAUUGAGGAUACAAUUGCAGCUUUCAAGAAUGGCGAAUUCAUCAUUGUCCUCGACGACCUCGACCGCGAGAAUGAAGGAGAUCUCAUAAUUGCCGCGGAAUCCAUCACAGCCGCCCAGAUGGCCUUCCUUGUGCGCCAUACAAGCGGUUUAAUAUGCGCACCCAUUACCCCGGAACUAGCCACCCGCCUCGCACUCCCGCAAAUGGUUACCGAGAACGCCGACCCCAAAGGAACGGCCUACACCAUCACAAUUGACUCAAGCGAUGACUCCGUGACAACUGGUAUCUCUGCUCAAGAUCGCGCACUUACUUGCCGUACUCUUGCCUCCCCAGAUGCCACUAUUGACUCUUUCCGUCGGCCUGGCCAUAUCAUUCCCCUCCAGGCGCGUGCGGGUGGUGUGCGCGAGCGCAAGGGACACACUGAGGCUGCGGUGGAGUUCUGUCGUCUUGCAGGAAAGGCACCGGCUGGUGUUAUCGCGGAGCUUGUGGAGAAUGGGGAGGUUGUUGAGGGUGUGCCUGAAAUUGUGGGUGAUAAUGGUAUGAUGCGCAGAGAUGCUUGUCUUGCUUUCGGUAAGAAGUGGGGGAUUAAGGUUUGUACUAUUGAGGGUAUGGUGGCUUAUUUGGAGAAGACUGAGGGUGCUAAGAAUGGAUCUCAUUGA